CUCUCUUCAUUACUGAACUCAAACACUGUGUGUGUGUGACGUUACACAUCCGAUCAGAAAGAUGGCAGAAACCGCUCCAGCUGCAGCCGCCGCGCCGGCCAAAGCGCCCAAGAAGAAAUCUGCUGCUAAACCCAAGAAAACGGGCCCAAGCGUCGGUGAACUCAUCGUCAAAACUGUGUCCGCUUCCAAGGAGAGGAGCGGCGUGUCUCUCGCCGCCCUGAAGAAAGCUCUCGCCGCCGGUGGAUACGAUGUGGAGAAGAACAACUCCCGCGUCAAGAUCGCCAUCAAGAGUCUGGUGACUAAAGGGACUCUGGUCCAGACCAAAGGGACCGGCGCCUCCGGAUCAUUCAAGCUCAACAAGAAACAAGCCGAGAGCACGAAGAAACCCGCCAAGAAAGCCGCUCCUAAAGUCAAGAAGGCCGCAGUCAAGAAACCCGCCGCCGCCAAGAAGCCCAAGAGUGCCGCGACUAAGAAACCUGCCGCCAAGAAAUCCCCCAAGAAGGUGAAGAAACCCGCAGCCGCUAAAAAGGCAACGAAGAGCCCCAAGAAGGCAAAGAAACCAGCAACCCCCAAGAAAGCCGCCAAGAGCCCCAAGAAGGCCAAGACUGUCAAACCCAAAGCGGCAAAGCCGAAAGCAGCCAAACCUAAAAAGGCCGCGCCUAAAAAGAAGUAGAUGAACUCUUGACUGAGUUUCUUCCUCAAAACGGCUCUUUUAAGAGCCACCCACUAAUUCAUAUAAAUGAGCAAAACUUUGUGCAGGAUUUGAGUUUAUUUUUCUUGUUUUCGUAUUUGUUUAUUGUGACUCAGAGUUCACAAACCGAAAGCAAAACUUCUGAUGAAACAAAUGUGUAUUAUGCAGCGUCACUUUCACCCCUCCUGACAAGUCUGUGACGAGUUAAAUCACUGUUUAAAAUCAAGUUUAGUGCAAUUACUUGAUUGUUUUAUACGUUUGAUUCAAUUAUAUUCAAUCGAUUAUACAUUUCUGUUCAUUAAAUUUCAGGUUUAACGGCAUCAAAGAAAAGAGCUCGUACACUUACUGCCUCACUAAACCACACAAGAGUUUAGUUUUCAAAUACUAGUAAUAAUAACUGAAGAAGACUCUUAACCAAUAAGUUCACCUC